GCGAGGCAGCAACAUGGAGCUUGAGGACCUACCCUGGCCCGGCGAGCUCGAGGAGGAGGCGGAGGAGGGGGAGGAGGCGGAGAACCUGGACCAGGAUGAGGUGGCGGUGGUGAUGGAGGAGAAGGAGGGGGAGGGGCGGCGGAAGCUGGCCUCGGACCUCCACUGUGAGAGCCGGCCUCUGGGGAGUCCGGACGGCGAGGACGACGAGGAGGCCAAGGCCUGGAUGCGGGCGCGCCCUGCCGGGACUGUGGUUCCGCCGUCGCUGCCGACGUUCCACCGGUCGGAAGACCAGCGGCCCGGCCCAGAAAAGUUUAUUCCAUCAACCCAUUGCUUAUGGCAAGAGCCAUUAAAUCAAGACAAUAAUGGAACCCAGAUUUCUGAUGAUAAUAUGGUCUUUUUGGGAAAAACAGCUCAGUGGGGUUUUGGGGAUGAUCAGAUGUGUCUUAAAACAGAAUCUUGGCAUCGUCUUCCUCAAGAAAUGGACUUUUCCAACACCUUGGAUACAACCCAGACCAGGUUUAAUAGGAGAGAAGAAGGGACCAAAGUGACAGACUUCCCCUCUCUGGAGGAAGGUUUAUUGACCCUAUCAGAAAAUCGGGUAAAGGAGCCCAACAGAGAUCUCUUAUGUUCUCCAUUGCUAGUCAUACAAGACAGCUUUGCUUUUCCUGAUUUGCCUUUGCUGACAUGUUUGACACAAGAUCAAGAGUUUGGGCCUGAUUCCUUAUUUCAUGAAAGUGAGCUAGAAUUUGCACCUCUGAGGGGAAUUCCUGGUAAGUCUGAAGACACUGAAUGGUUUUCUCGACCGUCGGAAGUUAGUGAAGCUUUAUUUCAAGCAGCCUCAGAAGUAGCUUCAGAUUUAGUUAACAGGUGUUUUAGUGUAUCUCUGCACCCACUUAUAGGUAGUACAGCUGUUGAGUCUCAGCAUUCUUUUUUACCUCCUGAACAAGGGACGAAUGAAGAGACUAUUUCAUCUGAUACAGUUGAUAAACUGAAAACUGCUAAAGACCCUGAUAGUUAUGAUGCUGUUUGUUCUUAUAUGUCACGGAAGACAAAAGAAGUUGUACAGGAGCCAGAAAUCAAUUUAGCUGAUAAAGGUCAAGUUACUUUUUCAACUUCAUCUGAUAGAAGUGAUGAAUAUAUAACUCCUAAAGAAAGCAACAGUUUUAAUGCUUCUUAUUCAUGUUGGAAACAAGAAGUUUUACAGCAGUCAGAAAAAUAUUCAACCAAGGGCCUGCAGGGGAAGGCCGAAUCUGACAUCUGUACUCUGGAUGAUGAUAGUGAAUGCUGUAGCCUAGAUGAAAAUGCUGUUGUAUGCGGUAAUAGAGUUGCUGAGCUACAAAGAGAGAUAUGUGUCCAAGGUGACUUGACUGGUGAGUGCAUUGAGCUAGCAGGUUUAGAAAAUUUGCUUGAUGAUCUAGAAAUUUGUGACAGCUCUCUACAACUAUCAUCUAAGGAAGAGAACAGUUCUGAAGAACCUCCAACAAGAAAGACAGAAUAUCACACAUCAGAUCUCAGAAUGUUGAGGAUAUCUCCUGACAGUGUGCCAGAGACUCUCAAACAUUUACCAGGAGUUACUUCUAAAGGAGGCAUAUCUGAAAUUAUUCAAUCCAAGCUAAAAGCAGGCAUUAAUACUACUCCUGCUGAUUCAGACACUGGAUCUCAUUUAUCCUUCUCCUCUGAGGACUUUCCUCAUUUAGCUGUAAGGUCUCUGCAAGAGAAUACUAUUGGUCAGCUUACUGAUGCUCUCAACCAACAGGCACUGGCAGAUAGUCAGCCAACUGAAGGAACUCUAAAAGUUUCAGCUGUUCAUGAAAUAGCUGACCAGAAGACUGGGAUAUCAACAGUACUCUCUAGUUCCUACUCACAAAGAGGGAAGCCUAGUAUUUUCUACCCACAGGCCUCGCCAUAUAGUCGUUUAGCUGAGGAGGCUCUAAAAGUUUCAUCUGCUCCUGGAUCUGCUGAACAGAAGACUGGGAUACCUAUAGUUUCUCCAACUUCCUACUCAUUUAGAGAGAAGCGCGGUAUCUUCUACCGAGAAACAUGGUCAGACAGUCAUCUAACUGAACAGGCCGAGAAAGCUUCAGCUGCUCCUGGAUCUGCCGAGCAGAACACUGGUAUAUCAACAACAACCUCUGCUUCUUACCCACAUAGAGAGAGGCCCAGUGUUCUCUACCAGCAGCAGUUGCCAGACAGUCAUCUAGCUGGACAGGCACAGACAGAUUCAACUGUUAGUGGAUUUGCUGAUCAGAAGACUGGGGUACCCAAAGAAACCUCUACUUCUUACCCACAUAGAGAGAGGCCCAGUGUUUCCUACCAGCAGGAGUUGCCAGACAGUCAUCUAGCUGGACAGGCACAGACUGGUUCAGCUGUUCCUGGAUUUGCUGAGCAGAAGACUGGGGUACUCACAGCAACCUCUACUUCUUACCCACAUAGAGAGAAGCCCAGCAUUUUCUAUGAACAGGAGUUUCCGGACAGUCAUCUAUUUGAACAUGCACAGAAAGGUUCAGCUGUUCCUGGAUUUGCUGAGCAGAAGAUGGGGGUACCCACAGCAACCUCUGUUUCUUACCCACAUAGAGAGAAGCCCAGUGUUUUCUCUGAACAGGAGUUGCCAGACAGUCAUCUAGCUGGACAGGCACAGAUGGAUUCAACUGUUAGUGGAUUUGCUGAGCAGAAGACUGGGGUACCCACAGAAACCUCUACUACUUACCCACAUAGAGAGAGGACCAGUGUUCCCUACCAGCAGGAGUUGCCAGACAGUCAUCUAGCUGAACAGGCACAAACGAGUUCAGCUAUUACUGGAUUUGCUGAGCAGAAGACUGGGGUACCCACAGCAACCUCUACUUUUUACCCACAUAGAGAAAAACCCAGUGUUUUCUAUGAACAGGAGUUCCCGGGCAGUCAUGUAGCUGAACAGGCACAGAAGGGUUCAGCUGUUCCUGAAUUUGCUGAACAGAAGACAGGGGUACCCACAACAGCCUCUACUUCUUACCCAUAUAGAGAGAAGCCCAGGGUUUUCUAUGAACCGGAGUUGCCAGAUAGUCAUCUUGCUGAACAGGCGCAGAAGGGUUCAGCUGUUCCUGGAUUUGCUGAGCAGAAGACUGGAGUACCCACAGCACCUUCUGCUUCUUACCCACAUAGAGAGAAGCCCAGUGAUUUCUAUGAACAGGAGUUGCUGGACAGUCAUCUAGCUGAACAGGCACAGAAGGUUUCACCUGUUUCUGGAUCAGCAUACCAGAAGUCCAGGAUACCAGUAGCACUCCCUAGUUCCUACUCACAUAGAGGGAAACCCAGUGUUUUCUACCAACAAAAAUGGCCAGACAGUCGUCUAACGGAACAGGCUCAGCACAUUUCAGCUCUUCCUGGACCAGUUGACCAGUAUACUCAGAGACAAACAUUACCUUCUAGUUACUACUCACAUAGACAGAAUCCCAUUAUUCUUUAUCAGCAGGAGUUGUCAGAUAGUCAUCUAACUGAUGAGGCUCUAAAAGUUUCAGCUGUUCCUGGACCAGCUGACCAGAAGACUGAAACACCAAUAGGGUUCUCUAGGCCAUAUUCACUUGGAGAGAAGCCCAGUAUUGUCUACCAGCAGGCAUUAACAGAUAGUACUCUAACUGAAGAGAGUCUGAAAGUUUCAUCUGCUCCUAGACCAGGUGACCAGAAGACUGGUAUACUAACAGUACCCACUAGUUCCGACCCACAUAGAGAGCAACGCAGUAUUUUCUACCAACAGGCUUUUCCUAGUCAUCUACCUACAGAGGCUCUGGAAGUUUCAGUUGUUCCUGGACCAGCUGAAAAAAAGGGUGGGUUACAAUCAGAAGCCUUUAGUGUGUACUACUCAUGUAGAGAGAAGCCCAGUAGUGUCUAUCAACAGGAGUUGCCAGAUAGUCAUCUAACUGAACAGGCUCAGAAAGUUUCAGCUGCUCCUGGACCUGCUAACCAGAAGGCUGGGAUAUCAACAUUACCUUCUACUUCUUAUUUACACACAGAAGAGCCCUUUAUUUUCUACCCACAGGGCUUACCAGACAGUCAGCUGUUUGAAGAAGCUCUGAAAGCUUCAGCUGUUUCUGGACCAGUUGACCAGAAGACUGGGCUACCACCAACAGUAUACUCUACUCACUACUCAAAUAGAGAGAAACACAUUAUUUUCUCCCCACAGGCCUUGCCAGAUAGUCAUCUACUUGAAGAGGCUCUGGAAGAUUCAGCUGUUUCUGAACCAGUUGACCAAAAGACUGGGUUGUCAUCAGAACCUUCUAGUUCCUACACACAGAGAGAGAAGCCCAUUAUUUUCUACCCACACGGCUUGGCAGGCAGCCAUGUACCUGAAGAAGCUUUGAAAGUUGCAGCUGUUUCUAGAACAGGUGAUCAGAAGACUUGCCUACCAACAGUACCUUCAAGUUCCUACUUACUUGGAGGGAAGCCCAUUAUUUUCUGCCAACAGGCCUUGCCAGAUAGACAUCUUACUGAAGAGGCCCUGAAUGUUUCAGCUUCUCCUGGACCAACUGACCAGAAAACUGGGAUACCAAGAGUAUCCUCUAUUUCUUACUCUCAAAGAGAGAAGCCUUUUAUUUUCUACCAACAGGGCUUGCCAGACAGUCAGCCAAGUGUAGAGGCUCUUAAAGUUUCUUUUGUUCCUGAGCCAGGUGACCAGAAAACCAGGAAACUAGCAGUGACAUCUGCUGCUUACUCACACGGAGAAAAGCCUAUUGUUUCUUACCAGCAGGAGUUGCCAAGUAGUCAUCUAACUCAAGAAGCUCUGAAAGUUUCAGGUGUUACUGGCCCAGCUGAUCAGAAGACGGGGCUACUGGCAGUAACCUCUGCAUCUGACUCAUAUAGGGAGAAGCCCAUCAUUUCUUACCAGCAGGAGUUCCCAGAUCCUAAUGAAGAUGCUUUAAAACUUUUAGGGUCAGCUGACCAGAAAACUAGUCUACGAAUUGUGUCCCUUCCUUCCUGUUCACAUGGGAAGAGCCCCAUCUUUCCUUACCAAGAGUUGCCGGAUCUUACUGAAGAAGCUUUGAAACCCUUUGCUCUUCCUGAACCAGCUGACCAGAAGACUGAGAUAUCAACAGGACCGUCUAGUUCUCACUCACAGAAACAGAGACUCAGGAUUUCAGCUGUGAUUUUACCAGAUGACCAGAAGACUGAAUUACCAGCAGCUCUCUGUAGCUCCUACUCAUAUAAAGAGAAGCCCAAGAAUUUAACUGUGAUUGGGCCAGAUGACCAGACAACUCCAUUACUGACAGUUCUUCAUAAUUCUUAUUCUCAGAGAGAAAAGCCCAGUAUUUUCUUUCAACAGCAGUUGCCAGAUAGGCAUCAAAGUGAAGAUACUCUGAAGAUUUCAACUGUCCCUGAGCCAGCUGAUCUGAAUUCUGGAAUACCAAUACCUCUUUCUAGUUCUUAUUCACACAGAGAGAAAUCUAAUGUUUUCUAUACAAAGGAAUUGCCAGAUAAACAUCUAACUGAAGAUGCAGUGAAGGUUUCAGCAAUUCCUGGACCAGCUGCACAGAAAAUUGUGUUACCAGUAGCUCCUCCCAUUUCUUCUUCACACAGAGAGAAACCAAAUACAUUCUGUCAACAGGAUUUGUCAGAUAGACACCUAAUAGAAGAUUCCUUGAUGUUCCCAAGUGGUGUUGGGCAAGAUGAUCAGAUUACUAGGUUAUCAACUGUUCCCUCUGCUACUUAUUCACAUAGUGAGAAGUACAAACUUAUUUCAGACCAUGUUCAAAGGCUAAUAGAUAAUUUGGGUUCUUCUAAUACUGGAAUUAUCUUAAACAAUGUGCCUUUAAAUUCCCAGGCUAAUGAAAGAGUUGUAAUUAAUAAGCCAGAAUCUUCAGGUUUUGAAGAUGUUAGCUCUGAGGAAGUUCAGGAUACAGACAGUAAUUCCAAGACUCUAAAAGAGAUUCGGACACUUUUAAUGGAGGCAGAAAAUAGAGCACUGAAACGAUGCAAUUUUCCCUCUCCCCUCGUCCCUUUCAGAGAUGUUAGUGAUAUUUCAUUUAUACAGUCUAAGAAGGUGGUUUGCUUCAAAGAACCCCCCACUACUAAUGAAUCUAACGGUGAUUUGUCUCAGAGUCAGCCAUUCACAGAGGAAAGCCCAAGCAGCAAGUGCAUGCAGAAUGAUACCAGCACACAGACAAACCUGAAAUGCCAGACUGGCAUUGAAAAUUGGGAGUUUAGUUCAACUACAGUUAGCAAUCCAUUACAGGAAGCAGAAAACAAAGCCACAGUGGCAUUUGAUGAAACUCUUAGGCAAUAUAAAGCAGCCAAAUCUGUAAUGAGAUCUGAACCUGAAGGGUACAGUGGACUCAUUGGGAAUAAAAUUGUUAUCCCUGUGAUGACUAUUAUUAAAAGUGAUUCAAAUAGUGAUACAAGUUCCUGCUCAUGGGACAGUAAUUCCUUCGAGUCAGUUUCUGAUGUUCUUCUAAACUUCUUUCCAUCUGCUUCACCCAAGACAAGUAUGACAGGUAGCAGAGAGGAAGAGGGUGUGUCAGAAAGUGAUGAUGGUGGUGGUAGCAGUGUAGAUUCACUGGCUGCGCAUGUGAAAAACCUUCUGAAAUGUGAAUCCUCACUGAAUCAUGCUAAACAAAUACUUAGAAAUGCAGAGGAAGAGGAAAGCCGGGUACAAGCACGAGCUUGGAAUAUGAAGUUUAAUUUGGCCCACAAGUGUGGCUACUCCAUUUCAGAAUUAAAUGAUGAUGACAGGAGAAAAGUUGAAGAGAUCAAAGAAAACUUGUUUGGUCAUGGGAGAACAACUGACUUGUCCAAGGCUUUACGGAGUCCACAGGGAAUAGGAUGCAAGCCAGAAGCUGUAUGUAGUCACAUUAUUAUUGAGAGCCAUGAAAAAGGAUGCUUCAGGACUCUAAGUGCUGAACAACAACAGUUGGACAGCCACCCUUGUGUUUUCAGAUCUGCUGAACCCUCAGAAAUUAUCAGACAGCAGAGCCCAUCAUCAUGGAGAACCAGGCACAUCAACCUUUCCAAAUCACUAGAUCUGAACAACCCCUGUUUCAAAGUUUGGAAUUCUUUGCAUUUACAGAGUCAUUCCCCAUUUCAGAACUUUACAACUGAUGACUUCAGAAUUAACCAGAGUCCUCAAAUGCCAUUCCAUGAAAAGAUGGACCCUUGGCUGGCCGAAUCAGUAGAACCUGCUUGUGUGCCACCUGAAGAAAUGGAUUGUCAUGCUUCUUCUCAAAUGCUGCCCCCAGAACCCAUGAAAAAGUUCACUACCUCCAUCACUUUUUCAUCUCAUCGACAUUCUAAAUGCUUUUCAGAUUCCUCUGUUCUUAAGGUUGGUGUUGCUGAAGGUAGCCAGUGUACUGGAGCAUCUGUGGGGGUAUUUAAUUCUCAUUUCACCGAAGAGCAAAAUCCCCCUAGAGAUCUAAAACAGAAAACCUCCUCCCCAUCAUCAUUUAAAAUCAUUAGUCAGUCACCAGAUAAAUCUGUGACUAUUUUAGCAGAAAGUAAUAAGCAAAGCCAAAAAUUACCUGUUGAACAUUCUCACCAAGAAGAAAAACUAUUAGAAAAAUCAUAUUAUAAAGGCAGUCAUUCUGAGCCUAAUACCAGUGCCAAUUAUAGCAAUUUCAAGGAAGUUCAUUUUUCUGAUAACCAUACCCUCAUGAGCAUGGGCAGACCAAGUUCCACACUAGAAGUAAAAGAGAAAACUGUAACUGUAACUCCAGAUCUUUCUUCGAACAUUUUUCUUGAACAACAAGAGCUCUUUGAACAAAGCAAAUCCCCACAUGCAGAUCACCAUGUGAGAAAACACCGUUCUCCCCCUCCCCAACAUCAAGAUUAUGUAGUUCCAAACCUUCCUUGCCGCAUUUUUCUUGAAAAGCGAGAACUCUUUGGACAAACUAAAGCCUCACAUGUAGAUCAUAAGAUGAGAGAAAACUACUCUCCCUUUCUUCAAGGUCAGGAUUAUAUAGCUUCAGACCUUCCUUCUUCCAUUUUCCUUGAACAACGUCAGCUCCUUCAACAAAGCAAAGCCCCAGAUGUAGAUCACUGUAUGAGGAAACACCAUUCCCUACUUCCUCAAGGUCAGGAUUGUAUAAUAGAAAGGAAUAAUCAAAAUAAGCAUAAACCACACGUUGCUGAUACGAUAAAUGUUGAAGCCAAGUCCAACAAUGUGGUCUCCCAGUCAGCCCCAAAUCAAUGUACAGUGGUAACAUCUGCAUCUACUACACCUUCAAACAGAAAAGCACUUUCUUGUUUUCAUAUAACUCUUUGUCCCAAGAUUCCUUCCAAGUUGGAUAGUGGAACUUUACAUGAAAGGUUUCACUCAUUGGAUCCUGCUUCUAAAACAAGGAUGGAUAGUGAGUUUAACUCUGACCUACAAACUGUAUCUUCAAGAUCAUUGGAACCAGCCUCCAAUUUAUUGACCAGUAAACCUAUAGCACAGGAUCAAGAAUCUUUAGGUUCUCUAGGACUUAAAUCUUCAUUGGACUUGCAAGUCAUACAGUCUUCUCUUCCUGAUAGUAAAACUAUUAGUCAGGACUUGAAAACCAUACCUUUUCGGAAUAGCCAGAUAGUAACCUCAAGGCAAACACAAGUGAACAUUUCAGAUUUGGAAGGAUAUUCCAAUCCAGAUGGGACUCCAGUAUCUGCAGAUCGAUCAUCAGAGAAGAUUAAGAUACCAUUUUCUGCCUUUUCUGGAAAAUUAUCAUUUGAUGCAAUAAACCAGAUAACAACAGAAGGUCCAGAAAAGACGAUGUUUUCAUCUGAGAUUUUUAUUAAUGCUGAAGAUCAUGGAGGUGAAAUUGCAGAGUUUGGGACCCAGAAGGUGGGCAAAGUUCCUGUCAAGUUUGGGUCAUUAUCUUCGGUCCAACAGAUUACUGUUUCUCGUGGCACAGAUGCCCAGCCUUCACUAUUGCCAUAUAAGCCUUCUGGUAGUUCAAAGAUGUACUAUGUUCCACAAUUAAAACAAAUUCCUUCAACUCUGGAUUCCAAAUCAGACACCACCAUUGAGAGCUCACACUCAGGAUCCAAUGAUGCCAUUGCUCCAGACUUCCCAGCUCAGGUGCUAGGCCUGAGGGAUGAUGACCUGGAAGACACUGUUAACAUUAAACACAAAGAGGGGAUCUACAGUAAGAGGGCAGUGACUAAGGCAUCCUUGUCAGUGGGGAAAAAACCCUUUCUGCAAGAUAGUGCAGAUGCCCAAGUUCAAGUUAACAUCACAGUCAAUGAGACCCUCUCAGAUAAAAUCCAGAAAAAGGAGAUCUACAGUAAAACGGCAGUGACUAAGGCUGCCCAACCUGCAGAAAAAGAAUCCUUGCAGAAAGACAGUGCAGGUUCCAAGGAUGCUGCUGCUAAAGAGCAUUCUGCUCAGUUAGAAAACACAAAGAUUGAAAGCCUACCAGACACCAAAGCCAUUAAACAGAAAGAGAGCCAUAGUAAGAAGGCAAUUCCUAAGGAAGCCUGGUCAGAAGACAAAGAAUCCUUGCAGACAGAUAUUGCAGAGUCUAGACGUCAUUCAGAAUUUGAAAAUACUACCCAUUCUGUCUUCAGAUCAGCCAAGUUUUACAUUCAUCGUCCAGUACACCUACCAAGUGAUCAAGAUUUUUGCCAUGAAUUCUUAGGAAGGAGUGUUUUCAUGAGGCAUUCUUGGAAAGAUUUAUUUCAGCAUCACCCAGACAAUCAAAGAGAACACAGUUGUCUUCCUCCCUCUUAUCAAAAUGUGGAAAAGACAAAGACAGAUUAUACCAAAAUACAGAGCCUAAGCAUCAAUGUAAACUUGGAAAACAAAGAAGAGGCUAAAAGUCAGGCUAGAGAUUAUCCACAAAGUGACAAACAACUGAAUGAUCAAAAUAAGGAUCAGAAGGUCACCUCAGAGCCACCAACUCGGCACACUGCACAUUUGAAUGAACUCUGGAACAAGUAUCAGGAGCAACAGAAGCAACAGAAGAAACCUGAGUUUGGUGACAGGAAAGAACUGUCCUUGGUGGAGCGACUUGAUCGUUUGGCCAAACUUCUCCAGAAUCCCAUCACACAUUCACUCCUGCCCUCUGGAAGGACACAGGAUGAUAGCAGAGGGGAACGAGAUGUUAAAGAAGGGAGUGCUAGACUGCAACAGCAAAAAAACAAGCUUCAAAAAAAGAAACGGUAUAAAAGCCUGGAGAAAUACCAUAGAAACACACGAGAUCUUAAAAAAAGCAAGGUUUUUUCUGCUCAUCAAGAUUGGAAGUCCAAUCAGAUUAAAAUUGAGCAGAUUAAAUUUGAUAAAUACAUUCUGAGAAAACAGCCAGGUUUUCAUUAUAUAAACACUUCUUCAGAUUCUAGACAAUCAGAGGAGAGUGAGCUGCUCACAGAUACUGCCACUAACAUUAUUUCCACCACCACUUCUCCUGUGGAAUCAGAUAUAUUGACCCAAACAGAUAAAGAAGUGACUUUGAAUGACAGGAGUAGUUCUCUUUCCACCAUUGACACUGCCCGAUUGAUCCAAGCUUUUGGCCAUGAAAGAGUUUGUCUGUCACCUAGGCAAAUUAGAUUAUACAACAGCGUCACCAACCAUCAGAGGAGGUACCUUGAGAAGCGGAGCAAGAACAAGAAAGCAUUUUACACAUGUCACCCCCAAAUGACUUCUGAGCACACCAGAAGGAAACACAUCCAGGUGGCAAGCCAUAUGAUUUCUUCUGACUGUAUAUCAUCUUCUACCAGUAGUUUCUGGAACUCAAACUCUACCUUUUGCAACAACCAAAAUUUACACAUGUUAAACAAGGGCGUGCAAGCAGGUCAUUUGGAGAUUGUGAACGGCAUCAGAAAACAUACUCGAGAUGUUGGGAUGACUUUCCCAACUCCAAGUUCUAGCGAAGCUAGAGUAGAAGAGGACAGUGAUGUGACUUCUUCGUCAGAAGAAAAAACUGAAGAGAAAAGCCUUCUCACCAGUUAUGCUGGGGACAAAAAGUUAAGGAAGAAUAAGCACAGUUGUUGUGAAGGAGUUUCAUGGUUUGUUCCUGUGGAAAAUGUGAAGUCUGUUCCUAAGAAGGAAAACCUACCCCAGUGUCAUGGCCCUGGUAUUGCCUGGUUUGCACCAGUAACUAACACCAAACCCUGGAGGGAGCCACUGCGGGAACAGAACUGGCAGGGACAGCACAUGGACAGCCGUGGGUCACAGGCUGGCCACGGCAGAGAUCCACUGAAGCCGUUUGUGAGAGCAACCCUGCAGGAGUCACUUCAGCUUCACAGACCUGACUUCAUCUCCCGCUCUGGAGAGCGGAUAAAGCGCCUGAAGUUAAUAGUUCAGGAGAGGAAGCUUCAGAACGUGUUACAGAGUGAGCGGGAGGCACUGUUCAACCCUGUGAGAGCAUGGCCAGGCUGCCAGGAGCCCAUGCGCCCAACCCCCAAGAGAGGCUUCCUGGCUGCCCAAAAGAACAGGCCUAUUGGAAAGAAGGAAAUGAUUCAGAGGUCGAAACGGAUUUACGAGCAGCUUCCAGAAGUACAGAAAAAGAGAGAAGAGGAAAAGAGGAAAUCAGAAUAUAAAUCAUACCGGCUACGAGCCCAGCUAUAUAAAAAGAAAGUGACCAAUCAACUCCUGGGGAGAAAAGUUCCCUGGGACUGACAUAGAUUAUUUUCCUCAGAGCCUUGGAAUUAUUUAUCAGCCUGGAGAAGCACAACCCUCACUUUUAUGAGUCUGGUUUAAUAAAACUUAAGUCUUUGUUCA